CUCCGCGUCAUGUGACAGGAUCAGCUCGGAGCUGCACAGAUGAAAACAGAACGAGGAAAGUGUAGAAAACCGAGAUUCAUGGAUUUAUUUAUGAAACGGACAGAAUCAAGAAUCGAGUUUGUUUUAUAUCACAUUUAAAAUGUUGCUUUUUAUUUAACUGCUUUUGUUUACGUUGCGACCAAUGAAUGUCUCUCUGUGAAGCAGCUCGUAGCACCAGGCAUUUGUUGAACUUUUUUCUGUGCUGACGAUGAAUGCUCUGGUUGCUCUCUGUCACUUCUGUGAGCUCCAUGGCCCUCGGACGUUGUUUUGCACCGAGGCACUGCACCCUCCAUCCCCAUCCCCUUCGUCCCAGACGGGUGCCCCAGUGCCCGGGGACAGGGACAGAGAUGGGGACCGUGAAGGUGAAGGGCUGACCAUGAGGGCCAACAGCUCCGCCACACAGAGGGGAGAAAUGUGUGAGGGAUGUCGAUCUCUUCCUGCAUCUCAUCCUGGAUUUGUGAGCAUUGAUGAUGAAACCGGCAUCCGCUUCCUGAGCCACCAGCAUCCCAGACAGCCACAGCUGUUCAGCGUAGUCCGCCAGGCCUGCGUACGCAGCCUCAGCUGUGAGGUAAACAGUGAUGUGUGUCCCGGCCGUGAAGGACCGAUUUUCUUUGGAGAUGAGCAACACGGUUUUGUGUUCUCACACACCUUUUUUAUCAAAGACAGCCUGGCCAGGGGCUUCCAGCGCUGGUACAGUAUUGUCAUGGUAGCAAUGGACAGGAUCUACCUUAUCAACUCCUGGCCUUUCCUGUUACGCCACCUAAGACUCACUAUACAGAGCCUGCAAAGCACAGCCCUCAAGGUGUUUGACAAUGAACAAGGAGUUUGUCCCCAGCGAUCGGUGAGGAUGAACAGUGUCUUCUCACCUGCAGUCUUCCCACACCAACGGAGUGGCAACGCAGCCCGAUCACUAACUUCACUUACACAGCAUCCGAACCUAUGGGCCAGCCUGCACUCCUCCUUCAGCUGGCUGCUGAAGGCAUGUGGUUCUCGUCUGACAGAGAAGCUACUGGAAGGAGCCCCAACUGAGGACACGCUAGUGCUCAUAGAGAAACAGACAGAGCAAGAGGAGGAGAUGAGCUGCUGGGAGGGAGCAGAAGGAGGCGGUUCUACAUCACAGCGGCACAAAUCAGAGAGCGAGCUGGGCCUCGACUUCCUGUGUGAUGAUGAAAAGAUUAAUGAAUUUCCCGGCCCGAAAUUUAGGUCCUUGAGGCAUUUGAGACAGGUUCUCGGUGGUGCUGAGUUUCGUCAGCUAGUGUGGCACGUGCUCAUGGGAAAUCAGGUCAUAUGGAGAGGCGCAGACCCCGGGCUCAUCCAGUCAGCUUUCACGGUGCUCAAGUCUUUGCUCCCAGUAGGCUGUGUGCGUUUGGUGCCAUACAGUGCUCAGUAUGAAGAGGCCUACAAAUGCAACUUCCUGGGUCUAAGCCCAGAUGUGCCUAUUCCAACGCACGUCAGCUCUUCAGAGUUUUCAGUGCUGGUGGAUGUCAGUUCAGAGAGAAGCUGUCAGAUGUCAGCCGUGGGUGAAGACGAUAUCUCCUCAACUUAUCAGUUCACCAUCAGCAGUGCCAACACACAGCCCACAGACAGGGGUCCCGCAUUAUUAAACAAGCUCGAGGUGGCUCUGUCCAACGAGAACUUGUCUGUGGAUGUCGUGUCUCACUGCCUGUUGUGUUUGAAGGAAGAGUGGAUGAAUAAAGUUAAAGUGCUGUUCAAGUUCUCCAAAGUGGACGGGCGAGGGAGAGAGGACACCCAGAAGGUUCUGGCCCUCCUUGGCGCCACGGGGCCGGGCGAGGAGGACAACGUCAGGCUGCUCAAGUUCUGGAUGACUGGACUCAGCAAAACAUACAAGAGUCAUUUAAUGACAGCCGUCCGAGGAGGGGAGAGGAGCCCCAGCCAAUAAAAGGAGAAAGAGAAAGAGAAAGAGGUUGGGGGGGGGGGGAUUAUAUUGAAAGAAAAGCGAAAGCAGGAAUCCUUUGGGACUAUUAGUGGAAUAACAGAGAAAUGUGAAUGAAUGACUCGUGUACUGUUUUUGAAGUAAUCUAGUGUUUCCAACCCUGAUUAUUAUCUUGCACAGAUUAACACAUUUGGUCAGUUUAGAUAAUGUAUGAGGGCUUUUGUUUGUCAAAGGGAAUUAUUGUAAAAAAAAAAAAAAAAAAAAAAAAACCUCUUCAUACAUAUGUUUAACUUAUUACAAACAGAUUUUGCACUUUGUUUACUCUUUUUCUGAAGUUUUAAAAUGAUAAUAAAUUAAUAUGAAUAUGUCACUGUUAUUCUUUUUUUUAUUCCACAAUUGGCUCCAUCUUGUGGUGAACUUGAAUAAUAAAAGGGGAGUGAGUUGAACGAGGAGAGCAGCGUUUCAUCGGCAGCCCCCACUCACUGUUUCAGUGGCUGUCAGCCAACAGGCGUCAAAGCGGAGUAAGACAACACUUUAAAGGUUUUCUGGUGUCCUGAAAUGUACAUGUUGCAUAACAUGGCCUCGCUCCAAUGUGGCCGACCACAUCAGCAGGACUUUAGCUUCUUAAUGAGCUAGUCGCUCUCUGAUCCACUAAAAAGCAGGGUUUUUCUUUUCGUACCACAGUUAUGAGCCUGUUGCUUUGCUGAAGCCUGCAGACUUCAGUCAAUAAAAUUAAGCAACAUACGGCUUUGUUUAAAUCGGGGGGACUGUUUUUUUUAUUCACUACCCAUACCUAUGUAGUUAUUGUGUAACAAAAAGCUAUAUUUAAACACAUGUUGUAGUCCAAAUAAAACAUUUGUAUUAGGA